GCGAGAAAUGUAAACAACAGUGUGUGACCUGUCUUUUGAGAAACGGUUUUGUAAUUAUAUUUUCUGCAUUGGAGGAAGUCAAAUACGGAUCUUCGUUCAGAAUGAAUUGUUAUCUGUGAAUGUUAUUAAUUAGUCUCGUUUGAAGAAGUGUUGUACAUUUCAAAAAGUUAAAAUGACUGAAACAAAAGAAUUGCAGAUUGAAGAACGCGAGGCACUCAUUUCUAUUUACGAGGGUGAUAGUUCUUUCAAGCAAAUCAAUGCAGAAACUUAUCAGUACAAGUAUGGUGAGGAGGAAGGUAUUAAAUCAUUUCUUUUGGAAAUCUGCUGGCACGAAACGUAUCCUAACGACCUUCCGAAUAUCAACAUGGACACAUUCUAUAAUAGAAACAUAUCGCGCAUGGCCAAGGACAAGGUAAUUACAAUUCUCAGGGAGGAAGGCGAGCAAUGGCUCGGAUGCGGAAUGACUUACACACUAUUCGAGUGCCUUAAGGAUAAACUCGAUGAGCUGCUAGUAGAUGAGAACUUCAAUAGUGGUGCCGAACAGCAGAUCAUUGGAACAAACCAACAAUCGGAGGAUCAUUCUGAUGACGAUGGUGAUGAUAGGAAAUUGACAAACACCGGCAGUAGUGGAGGAGCGGUACAGAAAAAAGAACAAUUAACCAAGGCACAAAAACGAAAGCAGUGGGAUCGCGUUGAUAACAAAGGCAACAGACCUAGAGGUUGGGAUUGGGUGGAUAUUGUGAAACAUUUAUCGCAGACUGGUGGAAAAGUUGAAUAAAGGCGCGAUAUUAUGCGAUGAUAAACUGGCAAAA